AUGCGUCUUCUCAACAUCCUCGUAUUGUUCGUUCUAGCUCUGUCUACUGUCCUCUCACAGUCUUUCCAGUCCGACUACUUAGAAAAUGAAGGAAGACCAAGGAGUCGACAAGAGUACCACAAUCGCAGGCGAAGAUUUACGACUCGACGCAUGAACACUCUGGGUUUUAUCAAUCAAGCUUGGCGAAAUCUUUGGAAUCGACGAAAAGAGCAAGGAUAAUUGUUGUAUUGUUAGCUCGUUUGAUAAAAUCUUCAACUAUAUGCUGUUUACAAAAUGAAUAAAAGGAUGUGUUCUUAAUUGCUUUAGAUAAGUAUGUUAAUUGCACACACAGAUAAGUAUGUUAAUUGCCAAGAAAUCUGCACAUUG